ACAAGUUCUUUCUCGUUGGCUGUAAUAAUGCAGCAAUUUAUGAAGGUCUACUUCAGUUCCCAGACCCAGAUGAAGGAAGUGACUUCCAAGCAGCCGGGUUCACUGUGACCUUGUGUGUAAAUGAGCUUGGCAAAGAGUUGCACGAGUCUUGUGACGGCUUUGGGUGUGCCCAAACUUCCAUCCUUAGUGGACUCCAAAAUAUCACUGUGUCCUUGGAUGCACUUGAUGCUGAUAACCGAACAGAUUCGUGGAGCUUAAAGUACCUGUGCAGCUACGCAUUCAUUGUGGACGAAGGCAAUUUCACAUUCUCCCCGGAGAGAAGUUUCCAACAAUUGAAUACCACAAGGCAGCAACUUCCAGUACUUAUUAACUGGGCGAUUGGGGGCGAGCCAUGUGAAGUAGCAAAGAAGAACCACAGUACUUAUGCAUGCAAAGAAAAUACCACCUGUGUCGACCGAAGUACCAUCACAAAUGGUACGGUUGGUUACCUUUGCCACUGCUUGCCAGGUUACCAUGGAAAUCCGUACCUUGGUUGCCAAGAUAUCGAUGAGUGCCAGGCUUCAACUAACCCCUGCCAGAAUGGGAAGUGCAUAAACUCACCUCCAGGAAAUUAUUCUUGUCAAUGUAACGGAGGGUACAAAAACAAAGAUCCAAUAACUUGCGUUGAAUAUCCCAAAGCAAAGAACACUUCCCUGAAAAUUUCAUUGGGUCUCAUUGUAGGAUUCUUGGUUUUAGUUGUUUCAAUGUCAUGGAUAUAUUGGAAAAUGAACAAAAGAAGGCUCAUCAAACUCAAAGACAAGUACUUUAAAGAAAAUGGCGGCUUAACAUUACAGCAACGGCGCCUAGCUACUCAUGGAGGAGGAGUGGAGACAACAAAAAUCUUUACGGCUGAAGAGCUUAAGAAGGCAACGAACAAUUAUAAUGCAGGUGAAAUUCUUGGUGAAGGAGGCUACGGAACAGUUUACAAAGGAAUAUUGCCUGAUAAAAGAGUUGUAGCCAUCAAAAAGUCAAAACUGGGUGCCCCAACUCAAAGUGAUCAAUUUGUCAAUGAGGUGACUAUUCUUUCUCAAAUCAACCAUAGAAACGUGGUAAAAUUAUUAGGUUGUUGUUUCGAGACCGAAGUGCCUUUACUAGUAUACGAGUACAUCACCGGUGGAACUCUUUCUGAGCAUGUAUUCAAGAAAAGACAAAGAUCUGUGCUUUCAUGGGAAUUACGACUGAAGAUAGCAUCAGAAACGGCAGGGGCACUUGCAUACUUGCACUCCUCUACUUCCACUCCAAUCAUACAUCGAGACGUGAAAUCAACGAAUAUAUUAUUGGAUGACAAUUACACGGCCAAAGUGUCAGACUUUGGAGCUUCACGUUUCAUUCCUAUAGAUCAAACUCAAGUAGCAACACUAGUGCAAGGGACACUUGGAUACUUGGACCCUGAAUACUGCCAUUCAAACCAACUGACUGAAAAGAGUGAUGUAUAUAGCUUUGGUGUUGUGCUAGCGGAGCUACUAACGACGAAAGUGGCAGUUUCUUUUGCUAGGCCCGAGGAAGAGAGAAACCUAGCAAGUUUGUUUAUUUCUUCAAUGGAAAAAGAAUGCUUGAAUCAAAUUCUUGAUGCUGAAAUUCUGAAUGAGAGGAAUAUGGAGACAAUACGGCAAGUGGCGAAUCUGGCGAAAAGAUGUUUGAGGAUAAAAGGAGAGGAAAGGCCUUUGAUGAAAGAAGUAGCUAUGGAGUUGGAGGGGAUGAGAAUUGAGGCAAAACAUCCAUGGAAAUGUGGUAGUUCCUGCUCUGAGGGGACUGAGUACCUGUUAGGGUCAUCCAAUUCGAAGACUAAUGUUGCGGAUACUAAAGGUGAAGGUGUUUCUAGUGGUACGACCAGCGGGUAUGCCAGUAUGCAAAUUCCGAUGUUAAUGUCACAUGAACAUGGGCGAUAAUUGAUCAAACUUUUGGUUUAGUUUAGUGUUAAAUAUGUAAUGC